ACAGUUCACCGCAAGUUUUCGGAGGAGUUUCUUUUUAAACAGGAAGUCGUCGGUCUCUUUGAACAGCUCGCGCUCUUCGCGUUCUCUCAGUCCCAUCCGCGCGUCAGAGACACAUCUCUGCUGUACUGUGUGUGUGUUAGUCACUUCACUUGCGAAAGGGUACACUAUCUAUCAUUCCAUAACAAUUGCGGAACUUGUUCUGUCUUUUCUUUAUUUCCGGUGUAGUUACCUUUAAGGGCAUUUCAACUAGUUUAGCUGUUUUUUGUUUGUUUGUUUGUUUGUUUGUUUGUUUUUUUUUAAGGAGACGAAAACAUUUCCCCAAUGAGUAGUAACUGUGAAAACAGUGCUGUCGGGUUCGCUGCUGCAGGCGGACAGGAAGAGCUGGACUUUCCUUUCCCUCUGUUCCUUUACGGACAAAUUGGAAAUGACAUUCCACCUGAUGACCAAGAUGAACUUGAUGCUCUGUCACACCUUGAUGCUAAUCCACCCUCGUCCAAUAUCGACCAGGCCCAUGCUCCAUACAGCGAUCUGUCCCUCCAUCAGCCUUCCUAUAAUCCUCCAACUUCUGAGGACCUCCUCACUUGUCAUCACCCUGAUCUGCGAGAUCUUCUCAGUCACUCGCUCUCAUUGCAGGCUAGCCCCCGCAUUGAGAUCACCUGCUCAGAGCUACACCACCAGCACCGUGAGCAUGUCCAAACAGCACCAGUGGAUAUUAGUCGGCGUCUGGCUGUGCCUCCGUACCAGAACCUGCUCUACAGGGAGAACCUGAGCCCGGCAAGCAGCACUUCCUCCAGCUGGCACUCGGAAGUGUGUUCACCCCAGCCCUCACCAUGUGUUUCUCCCAGUGCUUCAGGAGCUGGAGGUUUAGCUGCCAUGACCGUGGCUGAGUUGUGCCCAAGGCUCCAGGCCAUCCAUGCAUCCGGUUCACCCCGUACUUCACCAACUACAUCCCCACGCACCAGCAUCACUGAGGAAACUUUCCUGAACUGCAGGCCUUCAUCUGCGUCCUCCUCACGGCCAGGUUCGCGCUCCACUUCUCCUCAGGGAAAACGCACUUACGAGCAAUACCAGAACCCUGCCUUGGUUCCCCCACGCUCCCGAAGCCCCUCUCCUCAUGCAGUGCGAGAGGAGUUGGUUGAACCUUGUAGACAAACAGCUAACCUUGAUGAAUUUGUAGACAUCUUCAGCAGGCACCUCGCCAAACCAGUGCCCACAAAGAUUGGACGGCCUAAUCAGGAGUACUUGGUCUACAGCCAAACAGAGCAUGCUGUGUUCCCUGAAGUGAAGAGGGAGCCCGUAAUGGAUCCAAUAUAUGUCAUGCCAUCCAUCGGUUGGCCUAAUCAGAUGACCACAGCCAUGUGCAGCAUGUCGUUGGCAUCCCUGCCUGCUCUGGAGUGGACGCUUCCCAGCAGCACAGAACAGUACGAGUUGAGAAUAGAGGUUCAGCCCAGACAGCACCACAGAGCCCACUAUGAGACUGAAGGCAGCAGAGGCGCUGUUAAAGCAGUGUCAGGAGGACAUCCUGUGGUUCAGUUGCAUGGGUACAGCGGGCGAGACGCUCUGGCACUGCAGGUCUUCAUUGGAACGGCUGACGAGAGAGCCGUGAGGCCACAUGCCUUUUACCAGGUCCACCGCAUCACUGGCAAAACUGUCACCACUAGCAGCCAUGAGAGAAUAGUCAAUGGAACCAAGGUUCUGGAGCUGCCGCUGGAAUCCAAAGACAACAUGCGGGCAGUUGUGGAUUGUGCCGGGAUACUGAAGCUGAAGAAUGCUGAUAUUGAGCUGCGGAAAGGUGAGACAGACGUGGGGCGGAAGAACACACGUGUGCGGCUGGUCUUUCGUGUCCAUGUACCUCAGCCUGGAGGCCAGUGGCUUUCUCUCCAAGUGGCCUCACAACCCAUCGAGUGCUCUCAGAGAUCUGCACAUGAACAUCCAGCCGUGGAGAGGCAGGAUUUGGACCGCUGUUCUGUGCUGGGUGGACUGCAGAUGAUCCUGACUGGUCAAAAUUUCACCUCUGAGUCCAGAGUGCUGUUCACUGAAAAAACCCAAGAUGGAUUGGAGGUAUGGGAGAUGGAAGCUACAGUCAACAGAGACAAAAGUCAAGCAAACAUGCUGUAUGUGGAAAUUCCUCCAUAUCGAGACCCCAACAUCUACCAUCCAGCUAAAGUCAACUUCUAUGUGCUGAAUGGGAAGAGGAAGCGUAGUCAGCCUCAACACUUCACCUACAUGCCUCACCCAGUUCCACUGAUAAAAGCCGAGCCGGUGGAUGAGUAUCAGUAUGGACAGCUUGGCUGCAGUGUCUCCCAGGUCUUAGGUGUCUCUCCACAAUCGUGCCAUCACACUGCCCAGCUGCCUACCAGCUGCUGUGCUAUGCCAUGCCAGGUUUCCCAGAGAACCAGCAGCCCUACCCUGUACCCUCCAGCCUCGGAGUACCAGCUCCAUCAGCCUUCAGCCCUCUACCAGAGCCAGGUAGAAGCCCUCAGCAGCAGUCCUGGCCACUACCAGCCUCCCCUGGAUCACCCUGCAUCUGGAGUGCAACCCAUCUGCUCAGGUCAGGCAUCUGCCAUAGGGCCAAAUCCAGGCUCUCAUCUCAAACCCAGCAGUUACCAGCACAUCAUAGCUGGACACAGCUACCAGGCUGGUGUCUCUGUGUUUCCAGGCCUGGAUGUAGCCAAUCAGAGAAGCUUUGUUCAGAGAGCAGCCCCUUCAGUGCAGAGCUACAACCAGCGGCAGCCUGUGGAGCAUCAGAGAACUAGCAGUCCUGUAAGAGUUAAGCAGGAGAAUCUGGACCAAGCUUACCUGGAUGAUGGUGAGGAGCUAAUUUUGGUUAGUUUGACACUUGUCAUUUUGGUGGGUGUAGUGUAAAGACUGGGGUAAACGUUAGAAGUUAAGGUUCUAUUCUAAUAAUAAAAAGGUUGAGUUUAACCCCUAGAAUGUUACUCCUGGGCCUCAAAUUUUUGCACAAUUGUGAAUAAGUUAAUUUGGUAAAUUUGGUAGCAUGGCAAAUGGGUAGUUAUAAAAGGUAUUGAUAUAUACAAGAAAAAAAUCUGCUGUAACCCAUAACCUACAAAAAGAUAACAUGAAAACUUAUUUACUCCACAGAGUCACGUGGCAGUAUUGCCGUAGCAGCUGAUGGCUUGUUUAUUGACACUGAUUUCUAUAGUAUGUCCUACAGCUUAAUGUAUAUCAGAGUGUAAAAGGUGGCCCCUUUUACAGCCUGCACCAUGUAGGUCAUAGCUUUAAAUAGUAACUGCUAAAGCUAGUUCAGUAUUGAGUUCUGUAAGUGUAAUGAUCAGAGCAGGCAUGAAAGGACUAUUGAUUUUACAGCGGAAUUCAGAUUCAGCAAACCCCUAGUUUAAAAAAAUGAUUUAUUUUUUUUUGUGGCUAAUGAUUUACCCUUUAAAAUAUAUUUUAUUAAGAAUUUUUCUCCACUGUUACACCAUCACCCUGUUUAGCUGUAUAGACAUGGCAAAUUAAUAUGAUAUCCAGGUUUAUUUGCUUAUAUUGAAAAGGUUAGGUAAAAGCUAUUAACCAGCAUUAGUACGGUGAGUAAUUACUGGUAUUAUAUUUAGCAUUUCGUGUAAAGCAGUCACACAGUCUUGUAAUGGUUGUCGUGGGAGUGGAAGUGUCAGCACUGUGCCUUCUAUUUAAGGCCCACUGGUGCCUGUUAUAGCCAGCCCUUGUUCUAAUUUUAGACUGAAGUGGUAGAAAAGUUUCCAAUUUUAGCCCACUACCACCUCUGUUGAGCAACAGAAAACAAAGCCAAGCAAAGCCUCAGGUGGUUGCAGGAUUAUAAACAUGACUAUGACUCAGUGCUGCUCCCUGCUGAAGGAUUAUUGUGAGUUGUAAAGCCUGUGUAUCACAGUGAAGCUAGAAUAUCCUUUUCCUCUAAGCAACAGAGUGAUCCACGUGGAAACCAGAAUUGCAUCAUGUUUAAUACUUCUAGACAUCUACAUAUGUGGUGUUGUUUUUUUUUCUGUUAUGUUUUCUCAGUGAACGAAGUGAUCAGAAAAGAUCUGACCGUUCAUCCCAGUGAUCAGUGAUGGCUAGAUCUGAAACUCAGCGAGAGUCUUCUUUAAAGUGACAGCCAUGACUUCUGGACAACUCAUCAGCCUCCACGUCUGCACAGAUUCUUUAUGUCAUAUCAGAGUGUUUUUAAAGGGGUGGUGAUAAUUGUUAAUUAUAUUAAUGAUUGCUGAUUGCAUAUUUCUGAUGAUCACAUAACUAGUAAGGAGUCAGGAAAAACAGAUUAGCUUUAAAUUCGAUGUAUUGCGAACAAAAAUAUUUUGUCUUGGGACCCACAUGCAAGUUAGCAUCUACAACCCAACCAGUUUUGAAUUAGGGGAUUAAUUAGGGGGAGCCACUAGUUAAUGCAGAGGAUAGCCAGUGAAUAAAGGAUACCAAAUAUCUGACCAUACUUACAAUAGCAAAUCUGAAUUACUUGUUCAACAGAAAUUUGUCAGAUGAGCUUUCUUCUUAUUUACUGUUGCAUAGCGAUAUGCAGAUGUACAAUUUCGAGUGCUAGCUCCAACAAGAACCGUCAUAGAGAAGAACGUGAUUAGUAAAUUGUGUCAUCGACUAGAGUAUUUGAUUUGUAGCAGGUACAUUUAACAAACAAUAAUGUAUAGCUUUAGACCUCGCUACAACUAGGCAAAAGCUCAAGUGAAAACAUUAGCUAGGCAGAUACAGUAAUGUUAGUUAGCUAGUUUAGCUAUUUAAGGCUGAGAGAAUUAACAACUUGUCCUUUUUGUCUGGAGUAUAGGUGUAAUUGCAGUUUUCAGAAUUUUGCAUGGUGGUUAUCCCAAUAACUCUUUUUAGCUUUUUAGAUUUAGAUAGUCUUUCCAGUUUGUGUAAGUCUUUGCUACAUAUACAGUGGAUAUUGUAUAUGUGAAAAGGCUGCAUACCCUGUUAAAUUGGCAGGUUUUUGUGAUGAAAAACAAUUAAACUAAGAUAAAGCAUGUCAGAACUUUUUCCACCCUCACUGUUUAAUUACAAUGUAUAAACAUUACAAUGCUAUGAAAAAGUAUUUGCCCCAUCAUGAUUUCUUCUGUUUUAGUGUUUCUCUCAUAUUAAAAUUGUUUUAUCUAAGAUAAAAUAAAGGCAACCCGAGUAAACACAAAAUACAGUUUUUAAAUGAU